AUGGCGGGCAAUGGUUUCGUGGAGCUGGACUACUUCGCGGGCAGCGGCAACAGUUCUGUCCAGGAGGAGACAGCGCUGGCCAUCAUCUUCUCCACCACGGCGGCCAACGGGCUGCUGCUGUGGCACGGCCAGAGGCGCCAGGACGCGCUGCGCAGCGGCGACUUCAUCGCACUGGCGGCCGUCGGAGGGCGGCUAGAGUUCGUGUUUCGGCUGGACGGCGAAGAGGCGAGGAUCCGUAAUAGCGCGGUGCGCAUUGACGACGGCCAGCCGCACGUGGCCAUCCUGAAGCGCGCCGCCAAUCAGGGCAGCCUCGAGCUGGACAACUACAUUGACUACGACGAGACGAAGAGCGGCAGCGCCAGGACGAUGCUUCUGCCCGGCUUCCUGUACAUCGGCGGAGUGCCGGCGGUGGCCAACUUCACGGCUGGACGCUACAGGGAGUCCUUCACGGGAUGCGUGCACGUGCUGCAGGACAUCACGAGAGGCCCCAUCAACUUCGGCGUGUACGCGAACAGCGCCGAGAAUGUCCACAGUUGCUCAAACUACCCGUGGAGAUCGUCUUCUCUGGUGUACUCAGACGUGGAGAAUCUGCUGAACGGUGUCAUCGGCGGCACGCACAGUGAGAUCUUCAAUCACAACUUCGACGAGAUUAACGAGCCGCCACCGGUGCACAUAAUCUACCCGCGGCCGGCCAUCAACCCGGCCGCCGGCGUCUCGCCAGCCGCCCUCCUGCUCAGCGUGAGCGCACUCUUGGCGCUUGGCGAGAGCGUCGCCACGUGAGGAAUCCCAAAUGGCUUUAGAUAGUGCAAUUUUUGUAUAAAGACUUUUCUAAGCGAGUCUGCGAUAGUUUGACAUUUUUGCUCUUGUUUCUGUUCUCCUCCUCAAGUUGCUGUGUGUACAAUUACCACUUUUUCUAUUUGUAAGCCAAAGUUAAAUAAUUGAUGAGUAAAAUCCCAAUAAAGGCUCAAUUUGAUUGACUGAA